AUGAAGCCGCAGAACAUCAGGACCCUCUCCCUCAUCCUCUCCAUGGUUUCCUACCUGCUCAUAGGAGCCGCGGUGUUUGAUGCGCUGGAGUCAGAGAGUGAGAGUUUAAGGAAGAAGAUCCUGGAGCAGAAGCUGAACGAACUCAAGAAGAAGUACGGCCUCACCGAUGAUGACUACAGGGAGAUUGAGAAAGUGGUCCUCCAGUCGGAGCCACAUCGCGCCGGGAGACAGUGGAAAUUCGCCGGCUCUUUUUACUUUGCCAUCACUGUUAUCACGACGAUUGGUUAUGGACAUGCUGCUCCACGCACAGACGCUGGCAAGGCCUUCUGUAUAUUUUACGCUGUCUUGGGCAUUCCUCUGACACUGGUCAUGUUCCAGAGCCUGGGCGAGAGGAUGAACACUUUUGUCCGAUACCUCCUACGCAGGGCCAAGCAGUGCAUGGGCUUACGGAAGAUUGAGGUGUCCAUGUGGAACAUGGUGCUGGUGGGCCUCCUGUCCUGCACGAGUACCCUGUCUGUGGGAGCCGCAGCCUUCUCCCACUUUGAAGGCUGGACCUUCUUCCAGUCCUACUACUAUUGCUUCAUCACCCUUACUACCAUCGGCUUUGGGGACUUUGUGGCCCUGCAGAAAAAAGACGCUCUCCAGAGGCGAACACCCUACGUGGCCUUCAGCUUCAUGUACAUCUUGGUGGGACUCACAGUCAUUGGAGCUUUCCUCAAUCUGGUAGUCCUGCGGUUCCUGACUGUCAGCACUGAGGAGCCUGACAUGAGGCCUGAGGAGGAGAGAGAGGAACAGGGAACACAACCAAAGAUCUCAGGUUGUGAGGAGGGGCAUGACAUGCAGGGGGAUAAGGAGGUACUGGAAACCGAUGCAGGACACGCCAAACUCCCAGAGGCCAGCAGAUUCAGUGCCUUGCUUUCGUGCUUGUGCUGUGGCCUGGACAAUCGCGACAGCCCCUCUUCAUCUCACUGUGAACUGUCUGUCUGCCACAGCAACCCUGUAUUUUACAACUCUGUCUCCUAUAGGGUGGACCAAGGCUCCUUCAGCUCCUGGGACACAUUUUCCCAGACGCCGCCCAGCAUUGCAGCUCUCUGCCCGGACAAGAGCAGUCCGCACACAAGGAGGAGGUCAUUCUAA